AUGGUUUCUCAAAUAUUUGAUGAAUCUCCUAAAGAAAUGCAGUUAAUAAAUUCAGAUGAUGAAUCUGAGAAUCAUAAACAAAGUAAUAAACAAAUUAGUGGUACUGAAAAAGUACAAAUGAGAAAGCAACUUGGUCUUUUAGAGGGAGUUGCAAUUAUUUUAGGAAUUAUAUGUGGUUCAGGUAUUUUCAUUUCACCAAAAGGAGUAAUCACAGAAGUAGGAAGUGUUGGAGUAUCUUUAAUUAUUUGGAUUCUAUGUGGUUUACUUUCUAUGGUGGGGGCAUUAUGCUAUGCAGAAUUAGGUACUUGCAUACCUCGUAGUGGAGGAGAUUAUGCUUAUAUUUAUGAAGCUUUUGGCGAUUUACCUGCAUUUUUGUACUUAUGGGCUGCUAACUUAAUUUUUGUCCCAACAACAAAUGCCAUUAUGGGAUUAACUUUUGCACAGUAUGUAUUACAACCAUUUUUUUCAAAUUGUACUAUUCCAGAUGAUGGUGUACGUCUAUUAGCAGCAGUAACUAUUUGUUUACUUACAUUUGCAAAUUGCUAUGAUGUGAAAGAAACAUCAAAAAUGCAAAAUGUAUUCAUGUUUGCUAAAAUUGGUGCAUUAGUAAUUAUAAUUAUUGCUGGAUUGGUUUGGGUAAUGUUAGGACAUACACAAAAUUUUGAAGAUGCUUUUGAGAAUACAAUUACGGAUCCUGGUAAAAUUGCAGUAGCAUUUUAUUCUGGUAUAUUUUCUUAUUCUGGAUGGAAUUACUUGAAUUUUAUGACGGAAGAAUUGAAGGAUCCUUAUGUAAAUUUGCCACGAGCUAUAUAUAUAUCGUUACCUUUGGUUACGCUUAUCUAUGUAUUGGCAAAUGUAGCCUACUUAUCAGUUUUAACACCAACUGCAAUGAUUGCUUCACAUGCAAUUGCUGUGACUUUUGGAGACCAACUCCUUGGUAUGAUGGCAUGGACAAUACCUGUUAUGGUAGGAAUAUCUGCAUUUGGAGGCUUGAGUGUUCAUAUUAUGACAUCAUCUCGAAUGUGCUUUGUUGGGGCCAGAAACGGUCAUUUUCCUUCACUGUUAAGUCAUAUUAACAUUUCAAGACUAACACCUACACCUGCUUUAGUCUUUCUUUGUAUGUUAUCUUUAAUAAUGCUGUGUACAAGUGAUAUUUUUGUAUUAAUCACAUAUUGCAGCAUAGUUGAAUCCUUUUUUAUCAUGCUAUCUGUGGCUGGUGUUCUGUGGCUUCGUUAUAAACAGCCAAACAUGAAUCGACCAAUUAAAAUGCCCUUAUGGAUUCCCAUCACAUUUGUGGCAAUAUGUGCAUUUUUAGUAUUUGUUCCUUGUUAUGAAAGGCCAUACGAAGUUGGAAUUGGUGCUUUAAUAACUUUAUCUGGAGUUCCAGCUUAUUUUCUUGGUGUUAGAUGGAAAAACAAGCCAUUAUGGUUUCAACGAUUUAAUCUCGAAAUUACUUAUACCAUACAAAAAAUAUUUGUGUCUGCCACUGAAGAACGGGAUCAUUGA